GAAAAAUCUGAAAAGAUCCCAUUCUCAGUAAUAACCGAAUCUCGCCGUCUCGCUCCGGAGGGAAAACUUUGCCUCUGCCCUGCCCCGGUCAAUGUGAGAUCAUAGCGUUGUGGGUUGGAAAAUUUCAACUCCCUUUGCGUUCGAUUUGCUGCUGCUGCUGCUGCUGCGGAUGGUUGAUGCGGUGGCAGAGUGAAGGAAAGAACCAUUCGUGCAAGCUGCUACCACUCGCACCAAUCGUGGUACAACGAUGCAGAGGAAAACUGCCGUAACCCCGGGGAAAAGUUUUGCGAGCCUCCGGAAAGGAGACGAGACGACGGUUCACACAGAUGCAAGGAUAUUAAAAAUAAUGCUACCGUUCGUGGUGAUUUUCCUCCCCUUCGCCACACCACACACCAAAUCCACCGAAACACGGUACAGGGGCCUUCUGUUCCGGAUUUGGAAUAUUAAAUUCUCUGUCUGCAGCAUCCGCCAGUCGGUCCGCGACGUUCGUUCGGUGUGGGACACACAGUUUGAGGCCUCUGUCCGGAGUCCAGAGCAGUGGCUGGAACAUUUAGUAGUGUUGAGUGUGCUAAGAAGUUUUAUAUAUGGAAAUCCGUUCGAACGAAAGUUUCCGCAAAGUGUAAAUUAAUGUGAAAAAUAGCGAAACAAAUUGCUCAAUAAAAAACGGGCAAAACGGAUUUUAUUGAACGAAAAGGUCUACACAACAUUAGAACAAUAUCACACAGAAUGGAACCACCGUUUCCGCCGGAUGUGGCACCCUUUACGCCAAUCUGGGGCCAGGAAGCACCGUCACCGAUGGUACACUAUCCGGAGCUGAUGGCCGGCUUUCCGUGUGCAGAUUUAGCUAUCUGGCCCCGACAGCAGGUCGGCAGCUUUGUCAGCCAGCGGCUUUCGCCACGUGGCGCACAACCAGCACCGUCCAGUGGGUCGACAAAGAAAACGCGCCGCCGGGUAGCCUCGAUGGCACAGCGGCGCGCAGCCAACAUACGCGAACGGCGCCGCAUGUUCAACCUGAACGAAGCGUUCGAUAAGCUGCGCCGCAAAGUGCCCACCUUCGCGUACGAGAAACGGUUGUCGCGCAUCGAAACACUGCGCCUGGCGAUAACGUACAUUGGCUUCAUGUCGGAGCUGCUGGCCGGCACGCCCACCCACGACGGUCGUUCGCCCGAGCUAUACCCGGGUGUGCUGGCGACGACCGCCCAUCACGCCCCCCACCAUCACCAUCACCAGCAUCACCAUCAUCAUCACCAACAGCAGCAACAGCAGCACAACAACCAUUCGGCGCAACAUCAGCAAUCGCAGCCGCCACAACAAUCGCACCACCAUGCGCACCUACAUCACCAGCAGCAACCGUCGCAGCCACACCACAACCUGCAUGGAUCGGCCACGGCACCGGCAGGCUCGGUGGCAGCUGGAGCAACUACGGCAGCGACACACCACAUGCAUCAUCCCUCGCUGCAACGAGCGGCGGCCGCGGCGGCUGCAGUGGCCGCUGCUGCUGCUGCUGCAGGCGGCACGGGCACCGUCAAUGGUACUGAAUACCAUCCUGCGUACAGUACCGGAGCCGUACCGCACCAUGUGGUUUGAGCACGUG